UCCCUCUACACCCCCCAGAACGUCUACUGCGUCCACGUUGACGGCAAGUCCCCAGCCGCCUUCCAGCAGGCCGUGCAGGCCAUCGCAGCCUGCUUCCCCAAUGUCUUUGUGGCUAGCCGCCUGGAAAAGGUGGUCUAUGCCUCCUGGUCCCGGCUGCAAGCUGACCUCAACUGUAUGCGGGACCUGUUGCAGAGCCCUGUGCCAUGGCGCUACGUCCUCAACACCUGCGGCACCGAUUUCCCCAUCAAGACCAAUGCCGAGAUCGUCCGCGCCCUGAAGAUGCUGCAGGGGCGGAACAGCAUGGAGUCAGAGAAGCCCUCAGCCCUCAAGCAAGUGCGCUGGCAGUACCACCACAAAAUGGGGAAGGUCGUCUCCCGGACAGCCAGAGAGAAACAGCCGCCACCCCAUAACUCUCCCAUGUUCACAGGCAACGCAUACAUCGUGGUCACGCGGGCCUUUGUGCAGCACAUCUUUGAGAACCCCACAGUGCAGCAGUUCCUUGAGUGGGCCAAGGACACCUACAGCCCUGAUGAGCACGUCUGGGCCACCCUCAACCGUAUGCCCGGCGUGCCAGGCGCCAUUCCUCCAAAUGACAAGUUCCAGCUCUCAGACAUGAACGCCCUGCCCCGCCUG